AUGUCCACGGCCAUAACAUUCAACAAUGGAGCAAAGAUGCCCAUUGUGGGUCUCGGAACAUGGAGGGCAGACCCAGGAAAGGUCACUGAGGCUGUUAAAGUGGCAAUAAGUGCUGGUUACAGGCACAUCGACGGUGCUUACGUGUACAUGAAUGAAGAAGAAGUUGGGGCUGAAAUUCAUGCAAUGAUUGAGCAAGGAGUGGUAAAGAGGGAGGACCUUUUUAUUGUCAGUAAGUUGUGGUGCACCUUCCACAUUCCGUCUCCGGUGAGGGGAGCCCGUGAGAAGAUGCUCAGUGACCUGAAACUGGACUACCUGGACCUUUACCUCAUGCAUUUCCCAAUGGGAGCCAAGCAAGGGGAUGAGUUGUUUCCACUUGAUGAGCAUAACCAGCUCAUUUCUGAUGGCAGCAACUUCUUGGACACUUGGGAGGCCAUGGAAAAGCUGGUGGAUGCUGGGUUGGUCAAAGCUAUCGGUAUCUCCAACUUCAACAAAGACCAGAUUGAAACCCUACUCAACAAGCCAGGCCUCAGGUACAAGCCUGCCAUCAACCAGAUUGAGUGCCACCCGUACCUGACCCAGGAGAAGCUGAUCAACUACUGCCACUCAAAGGGCAUCUCAGUGACAGCUUACAGCCCCCUGGGCUCUCCUGACAGACCCUGGGUUUCAUCUGAUGAUCGCUCUCUGCUGGAGGAACCUAGGAUCAAGGCUAUUGCUAACAAGUACAACAAGACUCCAGCGCAGGUUCUCAUCAGGUUCCACAUCCAGAGGAAUGUGAUUGUCGUGGCCAAGUCAGUAACGCCCCAUCGGGUCAAGGAAAACUUCCAGUUGUUUGACUUUGAGUUGAGUGAAGACGACAUGAAGACCAUGCUAAGCUUCACCGAGAAGAGAGCAUUCAAACUACAAUGGGCCUCAUCACACAAAGACUACCCCCUGAAUGCAGAAUACUAGCUCAUCACACAACAUGCUGCACCGUUUCAGCCUUGCUUCAACUAUUAAGCCUUCUUUAUAUUCAUAAUCUACACACUGUGUUAUCAAACUACUACCCUGCUAAUGUGAGAGCCUAACUUUUUAUGUUUAGCUUCUACUAAACCAUUUUUGUAUAUUUCUCGCUACUGAAACAAUUAACUCAAUGAAUGUACUGAACACGUAGGUUGCGUGAAUAAACGUAUC